AUGUCCGUUAAACCCCUGCCACGCACGCCUCGAUUUGUAAGCGCAGUGCGUUGUAUCGAAAUCGAAGCACCUUGUAGCGCAGCUGAGCGAUCUAGCUCUGGCAGCCGUGAUCGAGCGCGGAGGUACGGGAAGAAGUGGAUCGUCGGCGUAUCCACCACCCGUCGCUCGCCGCGCUCCUUCGACAGUGAUCAGCUGCUCUCACGCCUGUCCCCCUCUCGCCUCCCAUCACCUCCCAUUGCCGUAUUUGCUCCUGCCUUCCGCGUCACCCGUACGGGCGGGUGCGCUGUUGGUCCGCCGUUCCCACUAGCUCACCUGCCUCCGCGCGUCGGUCCUCCGUUCCCCCUUCUCCCCACGUGCGCGGCGGGUGCUGUUGCUGGCGGCGGGCGCGGCGAUGGCGGACAACACGUAUCGCAAGCUCAGCAGCCGUCCCCCCUUUCACCUCGUAUCGCCUCCCCCCUGAUGCGCGCAGGUGCUGCUGCCAGUGGCGGGCGCGGCAAUGGUGGACUACACGCUCGAGUGGCUCGCCAUGGCGGGCGUCGAGGAGACCUUCGUCUUCUGCUGCGCGCACUCCCAACAGGUACGCGUGCCUCUCUUAUCCGCGCAGGUGCGCGCACUCCCCCCAGGUGCGUGCACUCCCCCCAGGUGCGCGCUUCUCUCCCCGGGUGCGCGCUUCUCUUCCCAGGCGCGCGCUUCUCUCCCCUGAUCCGAGCGCACCUGGAGGAUGCCGGCUGGAUGCGCCCCUCCUCCUCCUCGCACCAUCAGGGGGGCGGCGGGCAGCGGCACGGCAUGCGCGUGUCAACGGUGGUGGCGCAUGACUGUGUGAGCGUGGGGGACGCACUCCGACACAUGGAUCACAAGGGCGUGAUCCGCGGGGAUUUUAUUCUGGUGAGCGGGGACGUGAUCGCCAACGUCUCGCUCACCCACGCGCUGCACGCCCACAGCGGUUCUGUAGGCGUGGUGUGGGCCUUGGGGGUAUUGGGGUCGGCGCCCGCAGUGGUGGUCCCCACCCCAGGCCGGGCUCAAUUCAUUGGCAGCCUGCAUGGACUAGUGAUCACACUACAGUCCAUGCGCACAUGGCUGCCCAUACCACUCUCCCGCCCACACUGCCGCCAAUCUGCCCCCCACCUGACUUAA